GUGAUUUGAGAUCGUUCCACAGUGACAGCUAAACCCAUCUCGUGGACGGAUAGCAAGAAACCACACCUGGACAACUGUGUUAACCAAGAGAAACUGCUCUAAACAUUCUUGGGUGAAUUACAUGCUGUGGAUGUAGCGUUACGUGGUGGGGAGCAGAUCUCUCGACUUACUUGUUGUUUUCUUGGGAUGUAAAACCUGCCAGUUUCAAUAUGGAUGUUGAUAUAUCAAAAGAAGGACUAUCGGUCGCAGUCAUGAACGACAGCGACACUGACGUCGACAACGACGGCGAAAUUGAUCUAUACACCGUGAGUCCCGUCAAGGAGAUUCUCAUAGCGACCUUCGUGUCCGUCUUCAUCAUCAGCUUGGCGGGAAACGUCCUAGUCGUCUUCGUCAUUGUGCGCAACCGCAGUAUGCACACCGUCACCAACUUUUUCCUCCUGAACCUGGCCGUUUCUGACCUCUUGGUGACGCUGUGCUGCGUGAUCCCAACUCUCUUGUGGUUCACGCAGGAUACGUGGAGAUUGGGGGUUUUCAUCUGCAAGGCCCAUCGGGCUGCUAUCACCAUGACGACGACAGCGUCUGUGUUUAUGUUGACGGUGAUAUCGAUGGAGCGGUUCAUCGCCAUUUUGUAUCCAUUUCAAACGAAGCGGAUUUUAACAGUGCAACGCCUCAUAGGUGUCGUUAUAGUGAUAUGGUUAUUGAGUAUAACACUCAGCGUUCCUGUGUUCGUAUUCUACGAACUGGUCCCGUACCGUGACAAUGAAACGUAUUGCGCUCCAUCAAGAAAUUUUUUGGAUAAUGGCGCCCAAACUCAGGGAAUAGCAAUGGUGAUCGUCUGCUAUGUGUUGCCAUUAAUGAUCAUGCUGGUGUUGUACACUAAGAUAGGGCAGGGUUUAUGGGCGCGUAGUAGAAGCGGAAGCAACCCACUGACUGCAUCAAUGCCGGUUGAGAGCCACAAAGGCGCUGAGAAAUCAAAAUCACGUUUCAAAGUUACCUAUAAAAGAAACAAGGCUGUAUCGAGUCUGACAGAAACCAAGAAAACCCCAGUUUUGUCGGUAGAUGGCCUUCGCGAGGGCCUCCGUAUCCACAUCGGUCCUCAGUUGUCGCCUCCACCACCGGAAACUCCUUGUCUUUACAACAGCGACAAUGAAGACACUCCACAUGAAGCAUUACUUCGCCCUAGUAGCUGCGAAACAACACCAAGGAAGAGCAGAAACGCCCCCGAAAUGAUAGGUCCGUUUUUUGUGUUUGAGCCGGAUGAAAAUGAAAAUGGAAACUUCGUGGAAAUCGACGAUCGGGAAUCGAGUACAACGACAGUGCUCUGGAAGCCGUGUAAUGACGUGAUACUGAGUUCCAAUGUCGAUAAACCGAUACCAGAAGAAUCGAGUAAAAUCGAGAUCAAGAUCACAGAGAACGGGUCUAAUGGAGUUGGUUCCCAUCACGAAGACAAAAGAUCAGAUAACUUGAAUAAUGUGAUUAUAACUGACAACACAGAUGAGUCCACACCGUGCAUUGAUAAAACAAAUACAGAACCUGAGAUUCCAAGUCCUCAGCAUCUUACACCAGGGAGGACACAAGGGGGCGUCAAAUCACGUCUUGGGAGUAAGACAGAAGGAGGGGAUAAGCGGCAGAUUCACAGGAAAUAUGAACCAGCACCUAACAGCGGUCAGCCAUCGCCUGCCUACGGCCGUGGCAACAGCCACUCCCUCUCCCAAAAGUGUUUUAAAAAGACACCCAGUAAGCGCAAACGGAACGCCGAGGCAGUCAUGGCUGCUCGGAGGAAAGUCAUCCGUUUGCUGGUCGUCAUGGUAGUGUGUUUCGCUGUCUGUCUGUUCCCUCUGCAGUUCGUGUUCGUCUUGAGUUUAUUCGGUGGUUUCGAUGACAGGACUGUACCUGGUGCCCUACUAACGGCUUUCACGUAUCUUGCUUACUUCAUGAAUAGCGCCCUCAAUCCAUUCCUCUACGCGUUUCUCUCGGAUAACUUCCGGACUCGGAUGAGGGAAACGUUGCAUUGUGGGUCUAGUAGGGCGCGAAGGCAGGCUAGUCUGAGGCAGACGAGGCUUAAGAGUAUGACGUCAGAUGCCUACACUGAAUCAGAACUCAUGCCUAGCUGACAAUCAACACAUUGACGUACUACUCUCUUUCUCUUACUCUAAGAGUGGUCUCAACCUCAGACAGUCGUCUGUGUUUCGUGAAUCAACCUCAAACAGGCAUCUGUGUUUUCGGAUACGCUGCAUUAAAAAAAACAAAAAUCUGGAAUAACUACCCAAAAGAAAACCGAACAAUUUAGAAUUGAUUGCAGGAUCUUCUGGCAAUGUUGCCGUGAAAUACAUUGUUUCUUGAGAAGUGACCUCGUCAUCAAGCCCGACAAGACGUCUUUAUAAGACGUUAUCGAAACGUCGUCACGACGUUGCCACAACGUUCACGACGACCCGUCAAGAUUGCAUUUAGUUCAGCUGUUGCACUUUUAGAAUAGAAACCAAUCGUAGCGGAAAGCGGAAGUUCAUGUUUCAUGUAAUUAUUAUUCAACUGCACAGACGCACCUUUGCACCUAAAGUAAUAAUUUGUGUGCGACCUAAGACGCAUGUAUUGUGUAGAAAAUGUACAUAAAGGUUUUAAAUAGUGGAAGAUGUAGUUUAUUUGACAACCAAGGCUGUUUGUUUUAUUUCAUUUUACACACGGGGCCUUUUAUAGUUAUAUGAAUACAUACAUAUAACACUAUGAUAAUAGAAGGGCAGGAUGGGCGUAUUAUAAUGAGUAUAGUGAGAAAGGAUGGAUGUCAUUCUUAAUGAGAACGAGUAAGAGAAAGGAUGGGGCGGAAAUGAAUGUAGAAAAUGGCGAGAAAGUUUUGUUUGAACUUAGCUUGGAGCGAACACAAAUAAUUUGUGUGUACUUACUUCGCCAACUAACUCGGUCGGCCAUUUUAUGGAGUCAAAAACUUGCUCCAAUGGCGUGCAGUGGUAGUUCACGACGUAUAAGGAAGACCAUGCAAUUUCGCGGUAUACCUGUGUGGAACAUUAUAUAUUCUACCUUUAAAACAAAAUAAGCAUUUCAUAACAAAAGAUUUCAAAGGCUUUUCGUUGACCAACUCGACAGAUCCAAGGCAAUGUUUACGCAUCUUUGUUCACCUUUUCAAACGACUGGCAAGAAGUCUCACCCCCUCCAGCACUCGAUACACCAAUUUAGGAAAAACAGCCAGAACUCAACUGCAUCGUUGUUGUUCUGUGUUUUUUUUUUUUUUUUUUUCACCGUAACGUAAAAUCAAGUUGAUGACAGAUUGUUUAUCAAGAAAUUCUGGAAGGUAGUCGAGCCUAAUCGUGUUAGUGUGUAUGGACUUAAAUAGCCUCUUCGUCUGAUUUAUCUAUGUUUUCUGCGUAGUGCUUCAAUGAUAAGAUCUCAUUAAUGUCGUGACAACAAGUGCGAUCUCCUCCCGUUUAAAGGCACUGGACACAUUUAGUGAUUGUCAAAGACCAGUCUUCUCACUUGGUG